ACCCCUGUUGCAGCCCCCUUGUUGCAGCGUACAGGUAUUAAUACGCUUCAACAACCCGUCGGUCAACGCGGGUCAAAACCUUUAAAGGGUUGUUGCAGCGUACAAAUAUAAUUGCCCCCUGCAAAAGAGUUUGUUGCAGCGUACAUUUUAAAGCCCCCUGCAAUAGCCCGUUUUUGUUGCAGCGUACAGUUUAAAAGCCCCCUGCAAUAGCCCGGGUAAAAAAUUCAUUUGCUGCAAUAUUGGUUGAAUAACUAAUUCAGAACAAAUCAAGCAUCUCAAAAUUUGAGUUCUCGCGCUUAACUCCUUCUUCUUCCCUUGGAUUCCCUGCGUCGUCCCCUAAAAAAAAACACCCAUUCCCUGCGUCGCCGAAAAAGCUUCCUCGUCGAUACUGGCCCUCCUUGCCAGUCGGCGGUGGGUCUCUUUCUCGCCUCCUCUCCAGCCUCCACCUGUUAGCUUGCUCGGCCGGUGGUUUCAAGGAAAAACUUAGCUUGCUCGCGUCGGUGGUUCCAAGAAAGAAAGUUGUCCGCGUCCUGUUCUCCGUCAACCUCCUUGCCGCGGCUAGUAAUCUUCCCUGUCCCCUCUUUUAGAAAGGAAGAAGUACUGAAGCUGAAGUUGAGUUCGAGAGGCUACUGGGAGGUUUACAUGUCAAAAGUGCAAUAGCUUAAUUGUCAAAGUCGGAUAGAGGGGAUGAGGCUGAUACAGUUAAAUUCUCGGAGCUAUUUUAUGGUCGACAUUAUAAUGAAGCAUAUUCACGUGAACAGACUAUGCUGGUUCAAAAAAUUUCUUCUGAGCAUAAUGGCUCUGAUUUUAUUUUGCUGAAGAACCUGAAGCUAAAAAGGAGCUAUGGAAGAGAUCCACGUCGAACAGAUUAUGCAUGGGGAAUCUUGAGUUUGGCAUACCAAGUGUACAAGUGCAAUGGUGGGCAUUGUCCGAAUAAAACGAGUUUUAAGUCGUGUAAACCCAUUCAUAUAGAGUGUGCUCAACAAAUCGGCGGAACUGAGUGUGGCUAUUACGUUAUGAAGUUCAUGUUAGAGAUAGUCACGUUACAACAUGACUAUGAAGGCCGGCUAGAUGAGGUCUAUACUCCGAGGACUGCGCCUUAUGCUAGUGAGGAAAUUGAUGUGGUUCGUGAGCAAUGGGCGAAGUUUUUUACCACCAAGUAUUUAUUAUUGACCUGAGGGCGCUUGAUCGUGUUGGUUUAGAUGUUAUAGAACAAUCUUUUAUGUUAAAAUGUAUGCGUACGUUGAAAUUGGAACGUAAAUAUAUUUAAAUGUAUCGGUAUGUGCAC